UCCUCUAAAAACAUCAGUUCUAUCUUUUCAACUUCUGGGUUCUUCUCCUCCCUCCAAAAUGGCCAUCAAUUCUACUCCUAAAUCUGCUUCCCUGUCAUCUCUCUUUCCGUCUCUACUGUUCACGUCACCCUCUCACCCACAAGUCUCUCACCUGAAAUUCGACCGUUGCAGUCUUUUGACCGUUGGUAACCGCCAAAAACCCAUCAAUUUAGUUAAGCCUGCGACCUCGAAUCUUCUGAGAAUAAGGGCAGAGACGUCUCCUUCAGUCAACAAAUCGGAGCCAAUGGUUCCUCCUUACAACGUGUUGAUCACUGGCUCUACCAAAGGUUGGGUUUUCUUUUCUGUAUUCCCAUUUCUUCACCCUCUAUGUAGUUGCCCAUAAACUUUUUUUUU